AUGAAACCCAAACCCAAAUCCCGACCUAGCCGCCGGAGCUCCAAAUCCAAAUCCCAAUCGGACCCCAAUCCCCUCGCCGUGACGGUCCUCGACGACAAUGUGGUCUGCGACGAACAUGCAAUGCCGCUCAACUUCGUCGAUUCCGGAUCUGCAUGCCUGCUGGAGAUGGCUGCGAAACGCGGCGGAGAUGGAAUGCAGGGGCAGCGGAGCUUGAGAAGGUCGCCGAGACUGUCUUCAUUGCCCGAUUUGGCCUCGCCAAGCAAGAGACCUAGGGGUAGUUUGGGAAAUGCGGACAUUAACAAGUGUGUGAGGAGGUCGCCCAGGCUUGCGUCAGCUGACGUGGAAGCUGCCGGGAAUGCUAAAACUAAUAGCAACUUCCUUCAGCAUAAGAAGUGCAAGGGUGGAAGCAUGGGAUCAAAUGGGGGUGAAGAGAAAACUAUUCAGAAGUUUACAAGGAGAUCUCAGAGGCUGAUGAAUCAGUCUGAAAUGAAAUCUUGCCAUCAAAAAAUUUCAGCACAAGAGGUAUCUGCAAGAAGCUUGGAAUCUUCUGAAAAGGAAUGUUCGAGAGCCUUGUCAUUGAGAACUGCUGUUGCUGAGAGAUCAGAUAGACAUAUAAAACUUGAAGAUUUAUCUGAUUCGAAGGAGAAGUAUCCUUCCAAGAAUAUUUUUAUUGACAAUUCGAAUGAGAAGAACAUAAGAAGAUCUCCUAGAUUUUCCCCUAGUGUGGCAGCAGCUAAUUCCAAUUCGAAUUCUGGUUCAAAAAGUAUGGGUCCUUCCAAGAAGAUUAUGGUCUCAUUAGGAUCAUCUGAUUUCAGAACUUCUGAUGGGAAAUGCUUGAGGCAAUCUCCAAGAAGAGUGGCAUCUACAUUUGAGGCUACAGGAAAAGAAACAGAAUGUGCAUUGAUUCAUUUGCCUGAGACUGAAACUAGAGAAAUAGAACAUGCUUUGAUUGAAUUGCCUGAGACAUAUGUGGAUCAACCUCGAAAGAAAGUGAAAACCUUAGGUUCUUCAAACAAAAGAAAAAAUAUUGGAGAGCCUAGUUUCUUUAUUGGAGAUCCAAUUCCUGAUGUUGAAGCACAAGAAAGAUGGGGUUGGCGGUAUCAAAUGAAGAGUCAAAGAUCUAAACGUCAGAGCAUGAAGCUAAAUGAUGAUGAAGAAGACGAGAUAGUUUUGAAUGUGGAAUGCCAUUUUGCUCAAGCUAAAAUUGGCAAUUGCAUCUUCAGUCUUGGGGAUUGUGUAUAUGUACAGGGUAAUGAAGGAAAAAAGGAUGUGGGGAGGAUCUUAGAGUUUUUCAGAACAACUGAUGGAGAAAAUUAUUUCCGAGUUCAGUGGUUUUAUAGGGUUGAAGAUACUGUUAUCAAAGAAGUUGGAAGUUCCCAUGACAAGAGACGUUUAUUCUAUUCAACUAUAAUGAAUGAUAAUUUGAUAGAUUGCAUCAUUUCAAAAGUUGAUGUUACUCAGAUAUCACCUAGGGUAGGAUUAAAAGUGAAAUCCAUUUUGUCGUCUGACUUUUAUUACGAUAUGGAAUACUGCAUUGACUAUUCCACAUUUCGCACCAUGGUUCCUGGUAACAAUCUGAACAAAAUGGUGCCUACCUUGCGAACUGCCAAGUCUCUGGGGAACAGUCCCAGUUGUGAUACUUGCAAUGCAGAGUUUUCACUUUUAGAUCUCUAUAGUGGUUGUGGUGGAAUGUCCACUGGAUUGUGCCUUGGUACCAAACUUUCCUCUGUUAACCUUGCCACGAAAUGGGCCCUUGACAGUGAUAAGUCUGCCUGUGAAAGCUUAAAGUUGAAUCAUCCAGAAACACAUGUCAGGAAUGAGGCUGCCGAGGAUUUUCUUGAACUAUUGAAGGAAUGGGAAAAGUUAUGCAAACAGUAUGAGGUUGAUAAUGCAGAGACAACUACUCGAUCAAGAUCAGAGACCCCAGAGACCUCAAGAGUACCCAAGCAUGAUGAUGAGAUUACCACUGGUGAAUUUGAAGUUUCCAGGAUUAUUGAUAUCUGCUAUGGUGACCCCAAUAAGUCAGGCAAGCGUGGAGUAAACUUCAAGUUGCAUUGGAAGGGUUAUGGUAGCAGUGACGAUACAUGGGAACCAAUUGGAGGCUUAAGUAAAUGCAAAGAGAGGAUACAAGAUUUUGUAAGAAAUGGGAGGAAGCUGAAGAUCUUGCCACUUCCAGGUGAUGUUGAUGUAAUUUGUGGGGGCCCACCUUGCCAAGGAAUUAGUGGCUAUAAUCGCUUUAGAAACCUCGACUCUCCUUUGGAAGAUGAGAGAAAUCGUCAAAUUAUAGUAUUCAUGGAUAUAGUCAAUCUGUUAAAGCCGAAGUAUGUGUUGAUGGAAAAUGUAGCAGACAUUCUGAGAUUUGAUAAGGCUUCUCUGGGAAGGUAUGCUCUUAGUCGUUUGGUGCAGAUGACUUACCAAGCAAGGCUAGGAAUAAUUGCUGCCGGUUGUUAUGGUCUUCCACAAUUUCGACUGCGUGUUUUCUUGUGGGGUGCUCAUCCUUCUGAGAAUCUACCCCAAUUCCCUCGUCCCACACAUGAUGUUAUAAUUAGAUACUGGCCUCCGCCAGAGUAUGAGCGCAAUCUUGUUGCUUAUGAUGAAGACCAACCUCGUGAGCUGGAAAAAGCUAUUGUUCUUCAAGAUGCCAUCUCUGACCUCCCCGCUGUGAAGCACAAUGAAAAAAGUGAAGAAAUGUCAUUCAAAAACCCUCCUGAAACAGAUUUCCAAAGAUAUAUAAGAUCAACACAAUAUGAGAUGGUUGGUUAUGCCUUAGAUGACACUAUGAAAAAGGAAAAUUUGCUAUAUGACCAUCGAUCUUUACCUUUACACGAAGAUGAUUACGCUCGAGUUUGUCAGAUUCCAAAACAAAAGGGAGCAAAUUUCCGGGAUUUACCUGGUGUUGUUGUAGGAAGAGACAAUGUAGCUCGGAGGGAUUUGACUGAAAAGCAGUUGGUGUUACCAUCUGGAAAGCCAUUGGUACCAGAUUAUGCCUUUACUUUUGAACAAGGGAAGUCUAAGAGACCAUUUGGGAGGUUAUGGUGGGAUGAGACUGUCGCCACUGUAUUGACGUUCCCAAGUUGUCACAACCAGGACCGAAUCCUCACUUUACGAGAAUGUGCAAGAUUGCAAGGGUUUCCUGAUUAUUAUAGGUUCUGUGGUACGGUUAAAGAGAGGUACUGUCAGGUUGGAAAUGCAGUUGCAAUUCCUGUGGCGCGAGCUUUAGGAUAUGCAUUGGGAUUGGCAGUACACAAAUCCAGUGGGAACGAACCAUUGCUGACUCUGCCUCCAAAGUUCUCUCAUUCAAACUAUAUUCAAUUCACACAAAUUUUUCCCCUUCCAUAA